AUGUCAUCCAGCUCUAUAUCUCGUCGUGUGCUAUCAAACUUAACUUCUCGACGGAUACCUGCUCUGAUCUCUUCAUCUCAAAUCACUCCUUCGAGGAACUAUUCUCAACGAGUGUUGACUUCAAACUUGAUUCAAAAUCAAACUCGAUCUAUUCAAACAUCUACUGAUGCUUCAAAAAUCAACAAGGAUAAUGUUCCAUCCGAUCCAGAGGAACAUUUUACGAUCAAUUUAGACCCAGAAUACUAUCAAAGUUAUAAAUGUGAUCCACCUUCACUGGAAUUACCUAUGACUAAAUCGGCAUUAGUAGAGAUGUAUCGAUUGAUGGUCACCAUGCGAAGAAUGGAAAUGGCAGCUGAUGCGCUUUAUAAACAAAAGCUUAUCAGAGGUUUUUGUCAUCUUGCUAUUGGUCAAGAGGCCGUUAGUGUUGGAAUGGAGACAGCCAUCGAAACUGAAGAUAAACUUAUUACUGCUUACCGAUGCCAUCCUUUUGCUGUUCUCAGAGGUGGAACCAUCAAGGGUGUCAUUGCUGAACUCUUAGGUCGACAGGAUGGUAUGUCAUCAGGUAAAGGUGGCUCUAUGCACAUCUUCACCAAAACCUUUUUCGGAGGAAACGGGAUCGUAGGUGCUCAAGUUCCAGUUGGAGCCGGUCUCGCCUUAGCACAAAAGUACUUGGAUCAAGAUAACAAAUAUGCUACCUUUAUCAUGUAUGGUGAUGGAGCAUCUAAUCAAGGUCAAGUCUUUGAGGCCUUCAACAUGGCUAAACUUUGGAACUUGCCGGCUGUGUUUGUGUGUGAGAACAACUUGUAUGGAAUGGGUACUAGUUCAGCUCGAUCAAGUAGCAACACCAAAUACUUUACUCGUGGUGAUCAAAUUCCUGGACUACAGGUUAAUGGAAUGGACGUCUUAUCCGUUCAUAAUGCUUGCAAAUACGCUAAAGAAUGGACUACCGCUGGAAAAGGUCCAUUGCUUUUAGAAUUCAUUACUUAUCGAUAUGGAGGACAUUCGAUGUCUGAUCCAGGUACUACUUACCGAACUCGUGAAGAGAUUCAACAUAUGCGUUCUACCAAUGAUCCUAUCUCUGGUCUUAGGAAUCGAAUCUUGGAAGCUGGAGUAGUAGAAGAAGCUGAAUUGAAAAAGAUUGAUAAGGCUGCUAAGAUUGAAGUCGAUCAAGCUGUUGAAGAAGCUAAGAAGAGUCCUGAACCUGACCCAACCAAGGAUAUGUGGACUGAUGUCUAUUUCAAAGGUACUGCACCUCGGUGGUUAAGAGGACGAGAGAAAGAAGAAGUUCAUCACUACUCUGCUGAAGAAUGUGCCGGUGAGGAUGAAUUGAUUUCUACUUUUUUAAGAUUUCCAAAAAAGCAAAUUGAAUUUUGA